ACUUACAGAAACCUAAGCAAAAAUAAUAUAAAUAAAAAAAUAUAUUCAUUCUGCAGACCAUGCACUCAAACCAUUAUACCUACACACGCGAGCGGCGUCGCUUCGGUCAGCAAUGCCUGUUCCAGGACCGCAACGAGCUGAUGGUCAGCAUCCAUCCCAGCGGCAAGCAGCGACACAAGUACAUCAUGCGCAAUCCCACAUGCAUGGCCACCCAGCUCAGCAAGCAGACGGCAUUGAGUGUGAUGGAGACGGAGAAUGUGACGCUCGAUCAACGCGGCCUAUACCACUACGAGGGCGGUUGGCCCAAGGAGGUGAAUCCGCUGGACGAGGAGCAGACACAGCGCCACCGAAAGAAGGUGGAGCGGGAUGAUACCUGGGGCGAGCAGGUCCUCGAGAUGAUCAGGAAGGUGAUGGCCGUUGCCGAGCAGAAUAAUGCCCUCAAUAUCUAUCAGAAUUUCUUUGCCGAUUUGUCGCCAGAACUGGGACAUGACCUCAAGUUGCCCUAUAAGGCUCGCAUCAUGAAUGUGUUCCACGACCUUUGGCUACCAGCCAGAACCAUGACCUCCAUUGAAUGGAUGCCCAACAAUAAUCGGCAGUUUAUGGCACACUUUACCAAUCAACCAUUGCCACUGCCUGCCUCCGAAGGCAACCACAAGCCCAAGGGGCGAGUGUGUCUUCUACCCGAGGAGCCAAUUGGCGAACAGAAUGGCUUCUAUAUUUGGGACGUCAAGAAUCCGCUUAAGCCGCGUAUUUGCUACGAUUGCUCGGAGCCCGUCCAGAUGGCCAAGAUCUGUCCGAAGGACGAGGCCAACAUGGUGGGUGGAAGCAUUUUGGGGCAGGUCUGCCUGUGGGAUACCUUCAAGGGUGGGUUGCCGGUGCGCUCCUGUCCCCUGGAGGUAUCCCACAGGGAGGAGACCUCUGCCCUCUGCUGGGUCCACUCCAAAUCCAACACCGAGUUCUAUUCUGGAUCGCUGGAUGGCUCCAUCAAGUAUUGGGAUACUAGGGAUCUGAAAAUGCCGCUGCAAGAGCUACUGCUCGAACCGGAACCUAAGGAGCCGCAGGCCAAGAGUGAUGCGCAUGGGGUUACGGUCCUGGAAUUUGAGUAUACCAUCCCGGUGCGCUUCAUCAUCUGCAGCGAUAUGGGUCACGUCUUUGUGGGCAAUCGCAAGGGUAUGAAUCCCCAGGAGGCCCUCAUCGCUCACUAUCCCUUGUUCGCCGGCCCCAUAAGGAGCAUCAAUCGAAAUCCCUUCUUUGUGAAGAACUUCCUGGUCACGGGAGACUGGCGGGUUCGCAUCUGGUCGGAGGAGGCCAAGGAUGGCCCGAGUACUAUGUAUUUUCGGAAAACUAAUCAAAUUAUGUGUGGAGCUUGGAGCACCGGACGGUGUUCCCUGUUCGUUACCGGGGAUAUCAAGGGCAUUGUGGAUUUUUGGGAUCUGCUGCUGCACCAGCGGAAACCCAUUCUUUCCAUAGACUUCAAGGUGCCCAUUAAGAGUGUGGUCUUUCGGCCGGAUGGGGAUCUCCUGGCCAUUGCUUUGCAGAAUGGUGACACACAGAUACUCAGGCUGGACGAGUCCAUGCGCUCGGCCACCGGCAAGGAGAAGGCCUUAAUUGCUGCUAUGUUCGAGCGUGAAAUCUCCCGCAGCAAGCUCCUGGAGGCUCGUGUGGAUGAGAUGAAACUAAAGCGACGCACAAUGCACAUGGCCGAGGAGGCACGUCAGGAGCAGCCCACUGUCCCCCUGUUAGAGCUCGAUCCCGACAAUCCCGAUCAGUUUGUGAUGAUGAUCGAGGGCGAUGAGGAGCUCCGCAAGGCCAUCGAGGACUUCCACGACACGCUGAUCAGUGUGGAACGAAAGCGGUCCAAACGCACUGUCAUCAUGGAACGCACUGUCUUCGAGGGAAUGGAUAUUUACGAAGACAGAGACUUCACGUCCUUCCAGAAGCCGAAGGUCUCAAUUCAAGGACAUUCGCACGAUACAAAGAGCAGGGCAUCAGCGGAUCACAGAAAAUCACAUACUGCCGAAAUGGAAUAGGAGAGCCAGUCAUCUUUUAGAUCUCUCUCUACCACAAAUUAAUCAAAAUUUAUUGUCUAAUUACGAAUACCGAACUCGAUAACUAAAUCGAAAUAGGGUUUAGUCUGAAA